AUGUCUCAACGUCUAUUUGACACUGCGAAAUGGGUUUGGUGUUUCUUUGUAUUGAAUUCUGGCUCUAUAUUGAACCCAGUCACCAGUGUGACAGUUCGCACACCUCCGAAGGGCCCUUCUACUAUUGAAGCGCAGGCGAAAUUUUUCCAGGAUUUUUUCUCAGUACAGUUGAGUCCGUACAAGAUAGAGUUCGGUCAUGUAUGCGAGGACCCGUCCACUUGGGAGCAGCGGUAUGAGAAGAAAGACUUUAAGAACCACAGGGACAUGGGAAAAGUACGAUGGGGUGAUAAAAACGGCGGAUACGGAGAACACUAUUGGGACCUAAACCAUGCAGGCCAUGCUGGAAACCAUGACAGUUAUGAUGAUUCAGAUGACGGUUCCUAUCAUGAAGACCCGAAUGAGACAUACAAUGGUUCUGAUGAAAAUGACCAAAGCCAAAAUUAUGAGACAGUUGAAUACAAUCCAGAGAUUACAAGUCACUACGAAGAGGGCGAAAGAAAAAAGAGAGCUCAUGGUAAAAUCAAAACAACCACACCAAGAAGUGAUGAGAUUCAAGAAGAACAACAAAAAAAGCCACAGAACAAAGGAGAUUUCAAACCUAAAAUAAAAAUGGAAGAUAGUGAUGAUGAAAUUUCCGAAAUACCGGUAAAUCGCCGAAAAGUGAAACCUAAAAGACGUUUAAAGGAACGGAACUUAUCGGGAUUGGAUGAUAUUCAACUAGACCGAGAAAAAAAUAAUGUUGUUUUAGUUAUUAAUCAGAGGGAUAAAGAAGAAGAACAGCCGGUUAAACAACAAACAGAGCCGAAAACGUUUGUACCGUACGAUGGUGGUGCUGAAGUGAGGCAGCAUAUUAGACCUGAAAUUGCCACAGCUGCACCUGUACCUAGACUUUUUCUAGAACCUUCCACAGGUCAUGUAGUAGAUCGAACUACCGGCCAAGCAUAUUUCUUACAACCAGUACCUCAUUAU